CUUCAUGAAAUACUCCGUGUCGAACUGCGAAUUGGGGCUCCGGGAAAACUAGGUCGCGGGUAUUGAUUUUUACCUAAUAUCCUACAAACAAAGACUUCGUUGCCCAGUGAAAAUAAAACCACCCGCAGUCCCGUGCAAGAAGAACGUGCAUCAUGCCUGUAAACGCGGAGUUGGUAGCUCCGACGGUCGAAAAUGUUCGAGUGGUUGUACGCGUGCGCCCCAUGGACCAGAAGGAGAAGCUCGACGGAUCUUACAAUUGCGUGUCAGUAGAUCCCGUGAACAACACGAUAGCAGUCACCAGGAACAACGUGACGCCGCCGGAACCUCCGCGGAUAUACGCCUACGAUGCUGUCUUCGACACCAAUACCACUCAGAUGGACAUCUACGUCCAAACAGCGAGCCCGAUCGUGGAGCAAGUGCUACGCGGGUACAACGGCACGAUCUUCGCGUACGGGCAGACGGGUACGGGCAAGACGUACACCAUGGCGGGCAGCAACUCCGCGCCAGAGCUGCGCGGCAUCAUCCCCAACUCCUUCGCGCACAUCUUCAGCCACAUCGCCACAGCCAAGGAUGACGAGAAGUUCCUGGUAUGCGUGACAUACUUGGAGAUAUACAACGAGGAGGUACGCGAUUUGCUCGGCAACAACCCUCACCAGAGCCUCGAGGUCAAGGAGCGCCCUGACAUAGGCGUCUUUGUCAAGGAUCUUACUGGCUACGUAGUCCACAACGCGGAUGAACUAGAAAAAAUAAUGGCAGUUGGCAACAAGAACAGGCAUAUAGGAGCGACGGCGAUGAACAUAGAGUCGUCUCGCUCACACGCCAUAUUCUCCAUCACCGUGGAGAACAGCAAGCGAGGCGCUGACGGCAAAAUGCACGUCAAGAUGGGGAAACUGCACCUUGUUGACUUGGCGGGCUCCGAACGUCAGAGCAAGACACAAGCAACGGGCACUCGACUGAAAGAAGCGACCAAAAUCAACCAAUCCCUCUCCGUACUCGGCAAUGUGAUCUCGGCGUUAGUUGACGGGAAGUCUACCCACAUACCAUACAGGAACUCCAAGCUGACUCGACUGUUGCAAGACUCACUCGGUGGUAACUCCAAAACUGUGAUGAUAGCAACAGUGGGCCCAGCGGACUCCAACUACGUGGAAACCAUCAGCACCCUCCGAUACGCGAACCGAGCCAAGAACAUCGAGAACAAGACGCACAUUAACAGCGAGCCGGGAGACGCGCUGCUCACUCGCUUCCAACAAGAGAUCGACCAACUGAAAAAACAACUUGAAGAAAAUACAAAUGCAGAGUUAGAAGAAGAGGAGGAAGAAGAAGAAAUCUCGGAGGAAGAGUUGACGGAUGACACUCUCACGGAUCCUGAGCUGGAUGUACUGGACCCGGAGGAGAAGAAGAUGCGGCGCAAGAUGAGACGAGAGGAGAAGGAAAAACUGAAUCGCGAAAAGGCCCACCAAGCUCGCAAGGUUCUCGAGGAGAAGAAAGCAGAGCUACAGAGGACCAAAAAGCAGCAAGAAGAGCUCAAAGAGAAACUCCAGCGUUUGGAAUCCAAGGUGCUGGUCGGGGGAGAGAACCUGCUAGAUAAAGCUGAGAGUCAAAGGAGACUGCUGGAACAGGCUGCUAAGGAGCUGGAAUUAAGGAAACUGAACGAGUUGCGCUUGCAGCAAGACCUGCAAAAGAAGGAGGCUGAACGUCUGGACCUGGAAGAGCGUUACUCCAGCCUGCAAGAAGAGAAUGCAGCCAAGACACGGAAGCUCAAGCGAGCGGUGCAACUCCUCAACUCAGCCAAAGCGGAGCUGGCUGACCAGCAGCGGGAGCAGCAGAGGGAGAUGGAGGGCAUCCUGGACGGAGUCCGGGCGCUGAGGAGGGAGCUGCAAUUGGCUGACCUGGUGCUGGAUGCUUAUAUACCCAAGGAAUACCAGGCACUGAUCGAGCAGUACGUGCACUGGAACGAGCAGCUGGGCGAGUGGCAAGUCAAGUGCGUCGCCUACACCGGCAACAACAUGGCGCCGCGCAUACAGCAGCAGAAGACUACUGCACACAUCGAGCCUCCGGACCUGUCGGACCGCUACCUGUCCUACUCGGCGGUGAGUGGUCGCGCGACCAGCCGUCUCGCGCGACCGAAUACUUCGUCUGUGCCCAGACCGCACACCGCUUUGCGACAGCGGCAAUAGAUCGAUAGAUUUUAGUGCUUGAUCACACUACCGACAUGACGCGCGACAAAAAGUUUCUACUAGUGUAUCAAUUAAUACUAAUGGUAUUUAUAAUUUUUAUGAUAGUGUUUUACUUACACGUUUUUAUGAACCUGGUUUUUUAAAGUUCUGGAAUAUUGCCGGGUAAUUUUUGUUCAUGUAUUUAAAAAUGACAACACUUAGUUAAUUUUUCCAAUAUUCACGAUACCUAAAGUGAACUAAAGUACUUUACUGAACACAAAAUAAAUUGAAAAAAAACUGAAACACCUAUUUUUAUUUCACAAAUCUUUCACUAUCUAAUUUCGUAUUUAACGUAGUGUUUUUCAAAUUUUUCGAAAGACGAAGUCGCUAGGGUGAUCUUACGCUAAUUUCCUAAAACUGUGUUUUCGUAUGAAUUGUAUUGAUUGAUUGAUUUAUAAUUAUUUUUAUUUUAAUAUAACCUAUGCUAGUCACAUUCCAGUGAUGUAUUUUAUAUUUAAGUCACUUUGUUCUCAGUAUUAUUAUGUUAUACAUAAAUAAAUAAUCGAAAAUUAUUGUAUUAGUAACAUGCUUAAAAACAAAUGAAAUUAAAAAGACUUUUUUAGUUUAGCUUUUUAUAUUUGUUAUUAAUUUGAUUGCUUAAUUAUGCUUAUUUAGGGUAUGUGUUAUUUUUGUACGACACUACGUUGAUAAUGUACCUAUUGUAUUUUGUGAUAUUUUUAUUUUCUAAAUACACGUUUUAUACACAAUA